AUGAGGCAUAUCUUGCUCCGAUCUCGCCUCACUUGUUUAACAACCCCGCCAAGUUGGCCGGCCGUGAUCACCUCGUCCCGAAUAUCUCGUCGUUUCCAGCCACCGCACAUCCCCAGUUCAUCAUCAUCAAGUCAUCUUCAGCCUGUACCAGUUAGAAAUCUCGCAACCAUGGUUCAAGUCACUCAACUCAAAGUUGCCGUCUUGGACGAUUACCAGGGCGUCUCAGAACCCCACUUCAACAAGCUGGACAAGUCGCUUUUCGACGUCACUACCUUCAAGGACACCCUGCUGCCCUACAAUCAUCCCGAGACCCCUGCAUAUGUCAAGGAUGCUCUGGUCUCUAGGUUGGAGCCUUUCGAUGUCAUCUGCACAAUGAGGGAACGCACGCCAUUCCCCAAAGACCUCAUCGCCCGCCUCCCGAACCUCAAGCUGCUCCUCUCCACCGGCCUGCGUAACAACAGCCUCGAUCUUCCUGCCUUCAAGGAACGCAGUAUCCCCGUUGCCGGCACCGCCGAUAAGUCCACCGGCAAGCAGGUCGGCACUAACAGCACGACGGAGCACUGCGUCACCCUCAUCCUGUCCUUGGCACGUAACAUUGCCGCCGACGACCUUGCCGUCAAGUCCGGUCUGUGGCAGACUGACCUAGCCAUGGGCCUAACGGCCAAGACCUUUGGUGUCGUUGGUCUCGGGAGGCUGGGUGUUUCGACGGCGAAGAUCAUGCAUCUCGCUUUUGGUAUGCAGAUUAUCGCCUGGAGUACGAACCUCACGCAGGAGGCUGCGGACGAGAAGGCCAGGGCCGAGGGUCUGCCUGUUGAAGGCCCUGACGGGGAGAAGACUUUCAAGGUGGUUAGCCGCGAGGAGCUUUUCAGUACCGCUGACGUUCUCAGCGUUCACCUCGUGCUGUCGGACCGGUCUCGCGGGCUCAUCAAUGCGGAUGACUUGAGCAGGAUGAAGAAGACGGCGUUGUUUGUGAACACCUCCCGGGGUCCUCUUGUCGUUGAGAAGGAUCUGCUCGAGACUUUGAAGAAGGGCGGUAUCAGAGGCUGUGCCUUGGAUGUGUUCAAUAUCGAGCCGUUGCCGACGGAGAGCGAGUGGCGGACCACGGAAUGGGGGCGUGAUGGGCGAAGCAGGGUGCUUUUGACGCCUCAUAUGGGAUACGUAGAGGAGAAGACACUGAACGCUUGGUAUGAGCAGCAGGUGGACAACAUUAAGCGAUGGCAGGCGGGUGAUGUGCUCGUUAAUGUCCUGGCUUAA